UUUAAAAAGUAAAGGCAAGGUAACCUUUUCAAGUAUAAAAUGAAUUGAUUAAUGCUGCAUUUUUACUAUAUGAUAUAUGAAGAUGAAUAAUAGUUAUAAAGAUUUGCAUAAUCUUAGUGAGAGAACAGAGGUUUUAUAUGAUGAGAUUAGUGAUAGAAUUCGUCGCGAAGAAAUUAAUUUCUGUACACACUGUGCUGAACAUGGUCGUUAUUGCGGAAUCGAAGAACUCACAAUGGAAGAUAAGGAGAAAUUGAUUGGCAUUCAAGACUCAUUAAAGGAUCUUCAGAACAUGCUCCAGUUCUACCAGGCAUCAGAGUCUCGGCAGCAGAGACAUCACAAUGGCGCGCUUGUCCGUUUGGAAGCAAGUAGAAUGGUACUGAUAGACAAAUUAAACAAGUAUCCAACAUGGGGAAAUAAACUAGAAGUGAUUGAGGAGCUAAAAGAAUAUUUUGGCAAAGGAAUUAAAGAUGCAUUAUCAUGUUCUGAGAAUUUGGCAAAAACAGAACAGAAACAGAGUAAAGAUGAGAAAGAAAAGAAGAAAAGUUCAAGUUUUUUGGUCAUUUGCAUAAAAAGUUUAUUUAAUCCAUGGAAUUGGUAUCGUACGACAAGAAUUGCUGCGAUAGCUUUGAUCGUUAACGUUUACAGGAAUAGAAUGCAAGAUAAGAACAAGAUGUCUGUUCCAAGAUUGAAAAUUGGCUAUUUAGAUAGCCAAUUAGCUGUUACAUAUGGAAAGGGAUAACCAUGCGUGUAAAGUAAGAGUCGGAUCGUAAGGAUCUAUUGUACACAGUCUUAUCCUGCAUUUCUACAAUACAUUAUUUCCACAGUUCAAACCUGUGACCUCCUGAUCACAUGACAACAACUAACAACUGUAGUAGCUACGCCAACGCUUCCUUUCAAGGAAAGGGAACAAUUUCAAUCAAAAAUUUAGAUUGAAUACAUAGUAGUGUAUUAAUGUAUAUAGUUUCAUUUGUUUAUAAUUAAGGAUGAAAUAGCCUUGUGUUAUUAGU